AUGUCUGUCGCAGAGGUCGCCGUUGAUUGGAAGGGCAGGCCAUGCAGACCCAAGCAUGGAGGGAUGAGAGCCGCUGCCUUCGUCUUGGGUCUGAUUCCUCUCUCUCUCUCUCUCUCUCUCUCUCUCUCUCUCUCACACACACACACACACAUACACAAACACUCUAGUACAUCAAAAUUUUCAGGAUUAACGUUUGAAAUUAUAACCAAUUAUUUCCAACGAAAGGAAACACGAAAAGAACAAAUCAUCGAUCAGUACAAAGAGCUUGAAGUGAAGAUCCAAAUGUAUCAUGGCUCCCCAGAUGUCCUACUAUUGUUUUAUCCCUUCUCCUGCGGGAAAUUUAUGCGUCUGGUUUCAUUUAAAUUUCUUUGGUAGUCUCUCCUGUUCUCAUUCAUUUCCCAUUUUCUCACUUUAUCCCAUGAAAGAUAGCCCUUUAGGGUCUUUGGUUACAAUUUUUGAGCCAGCAGCGCUGUUCAGAAAACUAAAAGAUUGUUAUACGGGUGGGUUACCUAUGAUUUUUCCGUCUCAUCUUAUUGAUGGUAAUUGAGAAGCUGAUGUAGAGAGGCCCAGGGCCACAGGUUCCCGUAAUGGCCUUCGAUUCUUCUUCUACUCGCUUCCCAUAGCCGAAAUUUACGCUCUGUUUUUUCAAAAGCUUAAUGAAUUCUCUGCUCUUCCCCCAUGGGGAAUUGAAGGAUGCUCUCAGUUUUCUUCUGCAACCUGGCGCCAUUUUCAUGAUUGACUUCUGUAUCAAUUCGUUUCGUUUUGAAGAAUUUCCUAUGACUGGAACUGACUGAUUAAACGCGAACAAACAGAUCUUAAGCUAGUCUUCAUUACUUUUUUCUGGUCUUCCUGCUUCUUUCAGGGUUGCAAGGAUUCGAGAUCAUGGCGAUCGCUGCGAUCGGAAACAACCUUAUAACCUACGUCUUCAACGAGAUGCACUACCCCCUGUCCAAAUCGGCUAACAUAGUGACCAAUUUCAUAGGGACCGUCUUCCUCCUCUCACUCCUCGGUGGUUUCCUCUCAGACUCCUACCUUGGGAGCUUCUGGACAAUGCUCACUUUCGGCUUUGUAGAGCUCUCGGUGAGUCUAUCCUUCCCAGUAAUUAGCGUCGUAAUAUUGCGUAAGUCCUAUCUUCCCUCCCCCAGAUGGGAAAGCCGGGCCUUUCAUCGGAAAAACGCCAAGUGGAACGGAUCCAUCAAUGAAGAAAGGAAGAACUGGGUUAUUGGGAAAUGCGGAAACUGAGGGAGAACAAUAUCCAGAGCUUAAAGGAGAGAGAUCUCAUGGAAUCAAAGUAUAGCCCCACUCAAAAGAGACAGGAAGACGACUAUCUCGUCUUCUUUCGAAAGCUUCAUCUCACAGCCUUGACCUUCGUCCACCAAAUAAUCAUUUCUGGGAAUUGAGGAAGCUGAGAUGUAGAAAAUAAAACUAACUAGAAUAAGUUUCGUAGAUAAAAAGAGAGGGCAUCACGAGGGUUUGUUUCUUGCUGGGUUCAUCACAUGGGUCCAGUUCUGAUUUUCCAAAUCUCUUCUCUCUCCCUCUCUCUACCAGGGUUUUAUCCUGCUCACCGUCCAAGCCCAUAUGCCCCAGCUAAGGCCACCUCAGUGCAACAUGUUGGCUGAGGGGAACCACUGCGUGGAAGCGAAAGGCUUCAAAGCCACCAUCUUCUUCAUAGCUCUGUACUUGGUGGCCCUGGGGAGCGGCUGCCUCAAGCCUAACAUAAUCUCCCACGGGGCCGACCAGUUUGCCAAGGACGAUCCCAACCAGUCGAAGAAGCUCUCCACCUACUUCAACAUCGCCUACUUCAGCUUCUGCGUUGGCGAGUUCGUCGCGCUGACGGCCCUCGUCUGGGUCCAGACCCGGUCCGGCAUGGACGUCGGCUUCGGCUUGUCCGCCGCCGUCAUGGCAGCGGGCCUCAUCUCCUUAAUCUCUGGCGUCCUCUUCUACAGGAACAAGCCUCCACAGGGCAGCAUAUUCACACCCAUUGCCAGAGUAAGGCUCCACCGUCCACCAACCUUCGUGUCUUUCAAAUGAUAGACACUGCACGGAUAAAUAUUCAUCGCCGGUAUUAUCUUCAGAUCCUCAUCUCCGUUUAAAGUUGGAGCUUUUGGCUCAAUCUACCGACCGACAGCCGGCCGUAUAAUAUUCGUGCCCACCGAUUUCUUCAAAGGAAUCGAGAUCUUCUUGGGAAAAUGACGUCGUUUUUUAUUUAAUUUGAUGCCAUCCGUAUCACUCCCGACAUCCGCCUUCGUCCAUUGCCCUUGGAGGAGCGUGAGCUCGUCCGUUCCGACGUCGACGCGAGAUAGUAAUCUAUGUUUUUCUAUUACAGCUCCUCCGAGCUCGACUUUUCGUUGUGGGCUUUAAAUUAUUGCUAGAACAGUGCCGAAUCUGCGUAUAUUUUCACGUGUUCUUGAUAAUUAUGGCCGUCUGUUGCCGUCGGAGUAGGAGUACGAGACCUACGUUCUUGUCGGAUUAUUUUAUGAGAGACGAAAGUAGGAGGGAAAACAAUAAGCCCACUCGUCUGAUCGACGCUCGCCGUCGCAGGUGCUCGUCGCAGCGAUCACGAAGAGGAAGCAAGUCUGUCCAUCUAACGCGGAGACGGGGGACGGAAACCACGGCGGCGGCGAUCCUCUUCUUCUCCGCACCGCGAAGUUCAGGUGAGGGGGACGAAACAUGGCUGCGGAACCUUAUCGACUCGUCCCCGUGGAGUCCAAGUGAUGAGGGCGGUGGUGGGCUGUGCCGUUUGCAGGUUCCUAGACAAGGCCUGCAUCAGGGCGACCCAAGAUGGUGGCGAGAAGAAGCAGGAGGAGAGCCCGUGGAGGCUCUGCACAGUGGCCCAGGUCGAGCAGGUGAAGAUAAUCCUCUCGGUGGUGCCCAUCUUCGCCUGCACCAUCAUCUUCAACACCAUCCUUGCCCAGCUGCAGACCUUCUCGGUGCAGCAGGGCAGCGCCAUGGACACCCGCCUCUUCGGUUCCUUCCGCAUUCCCCCGGCGUCCCUGCAGGCCAUCCCCUACCUCGUCCUCAUCAUCGUGGUUCCCCUCUACGAGACGUGCUUCGUCCCUCUCGCCCGCCGGUUCACAAGCAGGGACUCCGGCAUCACCCCGCUGCAGCGCAUCGGCGUGGGGCUCCUCACGGCCACCUUCUCCAUGGUCUCCGCCGCGCUAGUGGAGGAAAAGAGGCGGCGAAUGGCGGAGGAAUCCGGCCGGGGGCUGCCCAUCGCCUGGAUCGUGCCGCAGUUCCUCAUCUUCGGGCUGUCGGAGAUGUUCACGGCGGUGGGGCUCAUCGAGUUCUUCUACAAGCAGUCCCUGGAAGGGAUGCAGUCCUUCCUCACGGCCAUGACCUACUGCUCCUACUCCUUCGGCUUCUUCCUCAGCUCCCUGCUCGUCUCCCUGGUCAACAGAGUCACCUCGGGCUCCACCGGGGGCGGCUGGCUCAGCGACAACAACCUGAACCGGGAUAGAUUGGACCUCUUCUACUGGAUGCUGGCAGGCCUCAGCUUUCUCAAUUUCUUCAACUAUCUCUUCUGGUCGAACUGGCACUCAUCCCACUGCCCUUCCCCGCCCCUUCCCAGCUCGCCCGGAGACGAACCCCACCCCAUCCCCUCUAAAGACGCCGAUCCUGAAAACGUCCCGGUCUAG